GCCCACUAGUAAAUGAAUUGUGAACGGCGGAAAAUUCUCGGUUGCUUUUGAAAACGGCUAUCUUACUUCUUCCAGAAUCCAAAUUAUAGGUCCAGGGGAGACUGGGGUUUCCCUACUACAAUGAUGCACAUUGCACUUACAUGACGCAGCCGACCGACAUCAUAGUAUAGAAGAAACCACUGUCUUCUGUCAUUCGUCUAUGUUGUGUCUACUACAGUCUAGGGUCCUGGCGUCAAAACUCCGGCAGGCGCGGCACGAUCCUGCGGCCCACUGGCCAUGUGAACACCUCUCUCACGAAUAGUUAUCUACUACCUUGUCUGCAACAUGGGCGAACGCUAGUUCCCAUUCAGUCUUCCCUUGCACCCGGCCAUGACUGUCGUUGUCGACAAAGCUUUAUAUGACUGAGCAAGGGUACAUCACUGUCCCAGGUCUUAUUCCUCCAGAGAAAUUUGAAGCCCUCAAAGAGGCCUGUGACCACGCCAUAGCCAAGACCAGAACCGGGUUGUGGCCCCACCGCCGCACUGUCGGAAGGCAGUUUCCUCCUUUCGACGACAGCAAUCCGGAUUCAUGGGGCGUCCAACACGUCAUGCAUCCCGACCUUAGCGAACCCGCAUUUGCGGAGUGGUACACCUCGGAUGCGCUCAUUAAUGUUUCGAAGGAGUUAUUGCAUUGUGACGAGAAUGAGCUACAGAUGGAGCUCUUUAACCUCUUGAUUAACCCAUUGGAGCAUGAUUUUGCUCUUCGAUGGCAUCGUGAUGAUGUUCGAGAAAAUGCGACUGCUGAGGAAGAGGUUGCGGCUCUUGGCCUCUGGACGCAUGGAAUCCAAUGGAAUGCUGCUUUGUACGAGGACUCCUGUCUCUACGUGAUUCCGAAGACCCAUAAAUUACCGAGAACGGAAGUCCAGCGAGCUCAGUCAAUGACGCAAGUACCACCUACAAACCCUUUAGAUAUGCCUGGAGCGAUUCAAGUCACCUUGCAACCCGGCGAGACGGUGUUUUAUAAUUCCAAUAUAUUACACUGUGGAGCAUAUAGCUCGAAACAACGCCGCGCGACACUUCAUGGAUGCAUGGGCGAUACGCGUGGUGGAUCGACGAGAGCCCGCAAUGUCCUCCAGCAUGGAUUAUUUUGGAUGACUGAGGACCACUUCCGGGAUCAGUUGACUGAGAGAGGGAAGAGGAUGCUCCAGGCUCUCAUUGAUAUGAAAGAGGGUGUCAAAGGCGAUGUCGGCUAUUCUCAAGUGAACUAGAGAUGAGUGACA